AAAAGCGCGCCUCGUACGUCACGCGCCCCCUCCCUCGUCACUCACCCGCCACAACCGCUCGCCGUCCGUCCGUCCGUCCACCGCCGUCUCACCCACCAGCUCAGUUCAACAGUAGUGCACUCCUCCCUCUGCCCGGCCGUGCCGUUUGACCUCGCGCUCGUCCCGUCCCUCUCCAUGGUCCAUGCUCCCUGCUCUGCCCUGACGCGCGCUGCACUGCACCGCACGUAGCCCUGCUGCCUGCCCGCCGAGGACGGCGACCUUCCCUUCCCCGCCUCUCCGGCUCUCCCCCCGCAGCAGUUACUCGCCUGUCCUGCGCAAAAAAGUUCUCUCUGAGCCCUCGCCCAUCCCCUGCUCGAUAAAAGUUCGCAAUGCAGCUCCAUGCCCGCCAUUAAUGCCCUCCCUUCCUUCCUCGGCAGCUCUCGCUCAGAGAUUCCCCCUCCGUCUCGCUCCCGCUGUUGCCCUUCUCGUGCGUGCUCGAUCUGCUCUGCUUCCGUCCCGCUGGGAGCUUUUCCCCGGGCUUGGAGCCAUCUGCUUGUCCUCGUGUUCCCCUGCCCGCCCACGCCCUCGCACCCGCACCCUGUCCAAAAAGUUUCAAUCUUGGAGCCACCCUCUUAUUGUUAUCCCCCCUACUCCUCCUCCUCCUCCUCCUCCCCAUCUCUCUCCUCUCUCAUCCAGCCACGCUUCCCCCUCGUUUGCUUGGCCCUUGCUGUCCUCCGCAACCGCGGCUCCAAUAAAAGCUCCUGCGCCGCAGCCGUCUCCACUUCAGUCGCCCACCUCCUGUGCGGCAAGCGGGAUUGAAUUUUGGCCGGAGCCUUCAGGUUCAGCCCUUCAGGUUCUGGAGGCGCGCGCCGGGUGAUUCCUCCAUUCUCGAAAGCUUCCGCCGUCUCGGAGGUGUACAUUUUGGCAGUCUGCCAUUGCCGAGGGUGGGGGAGAGGUGCUUCGGUCUCGCCGGGGGGGAUGGAGGGCCGGGGGAGGCGGCCGCGGAGCCCGGAGCGGCAGAGGCCGCCGGCGAGGAAGGUGCCGGUGGUGUACUACCUCACGCGGAGCCGCCACCUCGAGCACCCGCACUUCGUCGAGGUGCCGGCGCCCUCCUCCUCCGAGGGGCUCUACCUCAGAGAUGUGAUUCGGCACCUCAACAUGGUGCGCGGCAAGGGCAUGGCCUCCAUGUACUCCUGGUCCUGCAAGAGGAGCUACAAGAACGGAUUCGUGUGGCAUGAUCUCGCCGAGGACGACCUCGUCCUCCCUGCCACCGACGGCGAGUACGUGCUCAAGGGCUCCGAGAUCCUGGACCAACCUUCUUCAGGUCAAUUUCACCAUGGCAGUAAUGGCAACCAGAAGCAGCAGAGCAGGCAGAAAGAGGGUAGUACAAGGUUGCCUCGGUCAAGGGAGGCCUCCUUCUCCUCCUCCCCACCUAGUGUGACAGUUAGAGAAGCCAAGCCUCGGCGCGUGCCUUCGGUGCCUUCGCGAGAGGAGGACGACUCCCCCUCGCCGUGCCGGGGCACCUCCUCGGAGACAAUGUCGCCGGAAUCGGAGCCUCAGAGGACUGUCAUGUCACGGCCGACGCCGGCAGAAUUCAGGGUUUUCAAGCCCACCGGUUUGAUGGAUGCCGCAACUCAAACCGAUGAUCUCGGGAGAAGGUCGGCUCGGAGAGUACCUGAGAUGCAUAAGAAGAGCCUGAGCACUGAUCAUGACGUCCGUGAGGUCACCGAGUACCGGCAGCAGAGCCAUCCUCGCCGGUCGGCCGAGCUCCAGGGGAUCUCCAGGGAUGUCAUGUCCCACUGUGCCACCCCACUGAGCAUGGCUUCAACCCAUGGAAAGUCCGAGAGCUUGGAGUCGUUGAUACGAGCCGACAACGCGUCAGCCAACAGCUUCAGGAUCCUGGAAGAGGACGACAUUGUCGUGCCGACCUGCCCGAAGCUGAGGCCGGCGAAUGUGCUGAUGCAGCUCAUCACCUGUGGUUCACUUUCAGUCAAGGAUCAUGACAACAUUGGGCUUGUUGGGGCUUACAAGCCAAGGUUCCCAAACUUGAAGUUCCCAUCGCCGCUGAUUUCUCGCUCCAUGAUGAUGGGUGAGCUCGAUUACCUAUCAGAGAACCCCAGAUUCAUUGGGACACGGAUUGAAGAUAAGGAGUAUUUUAGUGGGAGCAUUAUUGAGACCAAGACGCAGAGAGACGUUCCCACCGAGAGGCACUCGGUGCUUAAGCGGUCUUCUUCCUACAAUGCAGAAAGGGGCGGCGAGAACCUCUGCGACUGUGCGGGGCCCGACGAAGAAGAGAUGGUACCGCGCUCGAGGUGCCUGCCCCGGACGCCGAUACUGUCAUCCUUGCUGCACCCGAAGAGUGAGAUGCAGAAGUCCCCGGUGUCGGACUGCCGGAGGAGCUCCUCGGCCGGGCCGGACUCGAUAGACGGCGGGAGCAGGCGGUUCACCGACGCGUCGUCGAGGGUAGAGUCCUUCAGGAAGGAGAACAAGGAGAAGCUCGUCAAGAUCGAGGAAAGUUAAGUGCUCCAACUUUUUGUCACUGCACUGGGUUGUUGUCGGGAGCUCGCGUCGUGAUCCAGUGCACCGUGCCCUGCGACGACGGUGACGAAGAUGCAUUCUGAAGCCUCCUGGACUUGCAGCUGACCUGGCCGCGUGACGUGGCGUUCUCUUUGCUUCUUUAGAUGAUGAAUGAGUUACUGACGAAUUUGUGUUUUCUUUCUUGAGAUGUGUAGUAUGUUAGCUUUAUUCUUCAGGUGUAAUGUAUUUUUUUUUGUCUGUUCUUUGGUUUGGUUGAAAUUUUGUCCUUGUUAUCAGUUGUAGUAAGUGCCUGUUAAUGCCA